CUAAUUAAAUAAAAUUUUCCAAAAAAAUAAAUACAUUUUUAAAAAAGAAAUUGAUAUUCUAAUAGAGAGAUAAGAUAAAUAGCAGAGUGUUAUUAUGUUCUCAGAGGCCACAGAGAUGGUGCAUAUGGUAGGGGUGCCUCCAUGGUAUGAAUCUGGCUGCAGAGAAAGAGCAGCUGAACCUAAACAAUGAUGUGUGUUCUCAUCUAAUUAUGAUGAGUGUACUCCAAUUAGAAGCCUGGAUGUGGAUGGAGAUUAUUCUUUAAGCAUUUACUUUGUAGUACCAUGCAUGAGGUGGUCAUAUGAUGAACAUCAGUUAUAUCAUACUUUUUUUUAAAGCUGUGCUCUCUGAUGAUUUGUCUUCUAGAUAAACAAGAGAUUGAAUAAAAUGCAGAUAUUUACUUAAUUAACUUGGUGCCUGGUUGCCCUUUGUUAUUACUCAUUCCAUCUGAGGAUUUUUGUAUUGUUACAAAUCCUCAACUAGUCAAUUGAAAUCAUAUGUUUACUCUAGAAUCUUUAUUCAAUCUAAAAUGUUGGCAACAAGAAACGAUAACAGUAGCAAUUAGAGAAGAAAAAGAAAUUGGAUGUAUUAAAAUAGACAAUGAGGAGACCAAGUUAUCUCUCUUUGCAGAUGAUAUGGUGAUCUCCUUAAAGAAUCCUAGAGAAUCAACUAGACGCUAGUGGAAAUAACAUUAGCAAAGUUGCAGGAUACAAAAUAAACCCACAUAAAUCAUUAGCAUUUUUAUGUAUUUCCAAAACAUCCCUGCAGCAAGAGUUUGAAAGAGAAAUUCCAUUUAAAAUGACCCUAGACAAUAUAAAAUAUUUAGGAAUCUAUUUGCCAAGACAAAUACAGGAAUUAUAUGAACACAACUACAAAACAUUUUCCACACAAUUAAAACUAGAUUUAAACAAUUGGAAAAAAAAAACAUUAAUUGUUCAUGGGUAGGAUGAGCUAACAUAAUAAAAAUGACAAUCCUAAUCAAAACAAAAUGGUACCAGUUAAGAGACGGAAGGGAUGAUCAGUGGAUUAGACGGAGUAAAUGACCUUAGCAAGACAGUGUAUGAUAAACCCAAAGAUCCGAGCUUUUGGGACAAAAAUUCACUAUUUGACAAAAACAGCUGGGAAAAUUGGAAAACAGUAUGGGAGAGAUUAGGUUUAGAUCAACAUCUUACACCCCACACCAAGAUAAACUCCGAAUGGGUAAAUGACUUGAAUAUAAAGAAGGAAACUAUAAGUAAAUUAGGUGAACACAGAAUAAUAAUACCUGUCAGAUCUUUGGGAAAGGAAAGAUUUCAUGACCAAACAAGAGUUAGAAAAAAAACAUAAAAUGUAAAAUAAAUAAUUUUGAUUACAUUAAAUUAAAAAGGUUUUGUACAAACAAAACCAGUGUGACAAAAAUUAGAAGGGAAGCAACAAAGGCUUAAUUAUUCAAAUAUAUAAGAAACUAAAUCAAUUGUACAAAAAAUCAAGCUAUUCCCCAAAUGAUAAGUGGGCAAGGGUCAUGAAUAGGCAAUUUUCAGAUAAAGAAAUCAAAACUAUUAAUAAGCACAUGAACAAGUGUUCUAAAUCUCUUAUAAUCAGAGAAAUUCCAAUCAAAACAACUCUGAGGUAUCACCUCACACCUAGCAGACUGGCUAACAUGACAGCAAUGGAAAGUAAUGAAUGCUGGAGGGGAUGUGGCAAAGUUGGGACAUUAAUGCACUGCUGGUGGAGUUGUGAAUUGAUCCAACCAUUCUGGAUGGCAAUUCAGAACUAUCCCAAAGGGCACUAAAAGACUGUCUGCUGUUUGAUCCAGCCAUACCACUGCUGAAUUUAUACCCCAAAGAGAUCAUAAGGAAAAAGACUUGUACAAAAAUAUUUAUAGCUGUGCUCUUUGUGGUGGCCAAAAAUUGGAAAAUUAGGAGAAGCCCUUUGAUUGGAGAAUGGCUGAUCAAAUUGUGGUAUCUGUUGGUGAUGGAACACUAUUGUGCUAUAAGGAAUAAUGAACUAGAGGAAUUCCAUGUGAACUGCAAUGACCUCCAGGAAUUGAUGCAGAGUGAAAGGAGCAAAACCAGGAGAACAUUAUACACAGAGACAGAUACACUGUGGCUCAAUCAAAUGUAAUGGACUUCUCUACUAGCAGCAAUGCAACAAUCCAGGACAAUUCUGAGGGACUUACAAAAAGAAUGCUAUCCACAUCCAGAGAAAAAACUGUGGGAGUAGAAGCACAGAAGAAAAACAACUGUUUGACCACAUGGGUCGAUGGGGAUAUGAUUGGGGAUAUAGACUUUAAAUCAGGGGUCCCCAAACUUUUUACACAGGGGGCCAGUUCACUGUCCCUCAGACUAUUGGAGGGCCAGACUAUUAAAAAAAAACAAACUAUGAACAAAUCCCCAUGCACACUGCACAUAUCUUAUUUUAAAGUUAAAAGACAAAACAGGAACAAAUACAAUAUUUAAAAUAAAGAACAACUAAAUUUAAAUCAACAAACUGACAAAAUAAUGGCCCCUAUGCUUUGUAGCGCCACCACAUACAGUAAGUACUCCAGGAGCACAGGAUCGUCUCACUGACCACCAAUGAAAAAGGUGCCCCUUCUGGAAGUAAGGUGGGGGCCGGAUAAAUGGCCACAGUUUGGGGGACCCCUGCUGUAAAUUAUCACCCUAGUGCAAAUAUCAAUAAUAUGGAAAUUGGUCUUGAUCAAUGUCACAUGUAAAACCCAAUGGAAUUGCAUGUUGGCUAUGGGAAGGAGGGAGAGAAAGAAAAUGAAUUACAUAACCAUGUAAAAAUUUUCUUAGUAAAAUUAAAUUUUAAAAAGAGUUAUAUGCAUUACUGUUAAUAAACUGAUCUGGCUUGGAAAAAAAUAAAAUGUUGGCAGCAGUUGCUACUAACACUUCUACACCACCUCUUCCCCCUCCCCCGAUUAUAUUAACAUUUCCAUUAUGGAGCAGCAAAUUGCAGUUUUUGCUUUGCUCCACCUCUUCUCCUCCUAGUUACUUGUCCAUGUUUCUAACUAUGUCAUUAUGGUAACAUAGUAUUUUUAAAAUAAAAAUAAAUUAUUUAAAAUAUAGAAAACAGUUGAAGAAACCAAGAAAACACACACAUAUGUGUAUUUUUAAAAACUUGGUUAUUAGCAUAAAAUCAUACUUAAGAGUCAAAUCAAAGGCAGCACCAAAACCAUACCAUCCUAAUAGAAUAACUACUUUAAUAUUCAGUCUGAAUUGAAAGCCUGUGAUAAGGUGUCAACAAUUAUAUCACCAUUCAGGCAAUUGUAAUAAAAACUGAUAUGAAUACAUUUAGCCUUUCUGAGGCAAUGUGACACUGAGCUGGAGAGUGUUGAAGCACAGAAAUAAACGAUCCCUAGAGGCUGGCAUUCUGCCCUGGAGACUGUUUUGUAGCCCAGGCUUGCUCUACAGAAUAGAAUACAGCAUGUCAGCUGACACAAGUAUUAGUUUCAAGAUCAGGAGGAAAUGGAGUGUAAUUCCAAAACUUGUCACUCCUUGAAAAGUAUGAGCUCUGGGAUUGAAACUUUAGUGGAGGAGCUCUGCUCCAGACUGAAAGACCUUCAGAGUAAGCAAGAAGAGAAGAUUAACAAAAAAUUAGAGGAAUCUCCCUCUCCAGAGGCAGAAAUAUCUCCCACAGCAAAGGAUCAAGUGGAAAUGUACUACGAAGCAUUUCCACCACUGUCUGAGAAACCAGUUUGCCUGCAAGAAAUCAUGACCGUAUGGAAUAAAUCUAAAGUUUGCUCUUACUCUAGCUCAUCCUCAUCAUCCACAGCUCCACCAGCUACCACAGACACGUCCUCUCCCAAGGACUGCAAUAGUGAAAGUGAAGUCAUUAAAGAGAGAAGUAGUGAAAUGUCCAACACUGUACAUGAGCGAUUCCAGCUGAAAAAAAAUAAAAAUGAGAAAGAGAACAAGUUUAAUAAUGGCACAAUUGAAGAGAAGCCUGCUUUCUAUAAAAAGCAAGCCCGACACAAAUCUGAAGGAAAAAUUCGCCCUCGAUCCUGGUCAUCAGGUUCUAGUGAAGCAGGAUCAAGUUCAAGUGGUAAUCAGGGAGAAUUAAAAGCAUCAAUGAAAUGUGUUAAAGUAAGGCAUAGAACACGAGAGAUUCGAAACAAAAAAGGGCGAAAUGGUCAAAACAGGAUUUCAGUGAAGACCAGUGAAAGGGCUGAAAGAAAGUUUCAUGCUGGAAGUAGCAGCAGCAGUAGCAGUGGGUCCAUCAAACAGCUGUGCAAAAGAGGCAAAAGACAUUUGAAAGAAAUUGGAAGAAAUGAUACUGGCAACACCGAAGGAAAAGAUCUGUACUUAGAGAGCAGGAAUGAAAAAGAAUAUAAAGAGGAGCCAUUAUGGUAUACGGAACCAAUUGCAGAAUAUUUUGUUCCUCUGAGCAGAAAAAGUAAACUUGAGACUACAUACCGAAACAGGCAAGAUACAUGUGAUCUAGCAUCAGAAGCAGUAGAAGCAUUGUCAGAAUCAGUGCAUGGUCUUUGUAUUAGCAACAAUAAUAUUCAUAAAACAUACCUCGCAGCAGGUACUUUCAUUGAUGGUCACUUUGUAGAAAUGCCUGCAGUUAUAAAUGAGGAUAUUGACCUCACUGGGACCUCAUUAUGUUCUCAACAAGAGGACACUAAAUAUUUAGAUGAUGUUCAUCUCUCAGAACUAACACACUUCUAUGAAGUGGAUAUUGAUCAAUCCAUGUUGGAUCCUGGUGCCUCAGAUACGAUGCAAGGAGAAAGUCGGAUUUUGAAUAUGAUUCGACAAAAGAGUAAAGAGAAAACUGAUUUUGAGGCAGAAUGUUGCAUAGUGUUAGAUGGAAUGGAGUUGCAAGGGGAAAGUGCAAUAUGGACAGAUUCUACCAGCUCUGUUGGUGCUGAGGGGUUAAUCUUGCAAGACCUUAGUAAUUUAGCUCAAUUUUUGGAGUGCUGUUCAUCUUCAAGCUCUGGUGAUGCAGAUGGGGAAAGUUUUGGAGGUGAUUCUCCUAUUAGACUCUCACCUAUCUUAGACAGCACAAUGCUUAGUUCACACAUGCUUGCUGGCAAUCAAGAGCUCUUUUCAGAUAUUAAUGAAGGGUCUGGUAUAAACUCUUGUUUUUCAGUGUUUGAAGUGCAAUGCAGUAAUUCUGUUUUACCAUUUUCUUUUGAAACACUCAACUUGGGAAAUGAAAAUACAGAUUCUAGUAGUAGUGCUAAUAUGCUUGGAAAAACACAGUCUAGGUUGCUAAUAUGGACCAAAAAUAGUGCCUUUGAUGAAAAUGAACACUGUUCCAAUCUUUCAACAAGAACUUGUAGUCCAUGGUCACACUCAGAAGAAACACGUUCAGACAAUGAGACUUUAAAUAUUCAGUUUGAAGAAUCCACGCAGUUUAAUGUAGAAGAUAUUAAUUAUGUAGUUCCCAGAGUCUCCUCAAAUUAUGUAGAUGAAGAACUUCUAGAUUUUUUGCAAGAAGAAACUUGCCAGAAAAAUGAUAGAACUUUAGGAGAGAUGCCUAAUUUGGUUUUCAAAAAAAAAUCUAAACUAGAAUCUGUCUGUGGUAUUCAGCUAGAACAAAAAACAGAAAGUAAAGACUAUGAAGCUACACAAGUUUGUAGUGAUAGCAGUCCACCAGGAGAUGGCUACAGCUCAGGGGUUAUUAAAGACAUUUGGACAAAUAUGGCAGACAGAAAUUCUGUAGCAAUGGUAGAAAUAGAAAGAAUAGAUGAUGAGUUGUUUUCAACAGAUGUAAAUAACUACUGCUGCUGUUUGGAUACUGAAGCUAAAAUGGAAACCCUCCGUGAGCCUAAUAAGGCAGUGCAGAGAUCAGAGUACCAUCUAUGGGAGGGACAGAAAGAGAACUUGGAGAAAAGAGCAUUUGUUCCAAGUGAGCUAUCUAAGGUAGAUGGUGGCGACUAUACUACACCUUCCAAACCUUGGGAUGUAAAUGAAGAUAAAGAAAAUGCAUUUAUUCUUGGUGGAGUUUAUGGAGAACUCAAAACAUUUAAUAGUGAUGGGGAAUGGGCAGUAGUACCACCUAGUCACACAAAAGGAAGCCUACUACAGUGUGCAGCUUCUGAUGUAGUGACAAUAGCUGGUACAGAUGUCUUUAUGACUCCAGGAAACAGCUUUGCACCAGGUCACAGGCAGUUAUGGAGACCAUUUGUAUCAUUUGAACAAAAUGAUCAAUCUAAGAGUGGGGAAAGUGGAUUAAAUAAGGGGUUUUCUUUUAUCUUCCAUGAAGACUUACUAGGAGCUUGUGGUAACUUUCAAGUUGAAGAUCCUGGGCUUGAAUAUUCAUUCUCUUCCUUUGACCUAAACAAUCCAUUUUCACAAGUUCUUCAUGUAGAAUGUUCAUUUGAACCAGAAGGGAUUGCAUCUUUCAGCCCUAGUUUUAAACCUAAAUCAAUCCUCUGCUCUGAUUCAGACAGUGAAGUUUUUCAUCCCAGGAUAUGUGGUGUUGACAGAACACAGUAUAGGGCCAUAAGGAUUUCUCCAAGGACUCACUUUCGCCCAAUUUCUGCAUCUGAACUGUCUCCAGGAGGAGGAAGUGAGUCAGAAUUUGAAUCUGAAAAAGAUGAAGCAAAUCCUCUCCCUUCUCAAGUUGAUGUGUUUGAAGAUCCACAAGCAGAUCUCAAACCCCUGGAAGAAGAUGCAGAGAAAGAAGGGCAUUACUAUGGAAAGUCAGAGCUUGAGUCUGGAAAAUUCCUUCCCAGAUUGAAAAAAUCUGGAAUGGAGAAGAGUGCUCAGACAUCACUAGAUUCCCAGGAGGAAUCAGCUGGGAUUUUGCCAAUAGGAAAGCAAGAUCAGUGUUUGGAGUGUAGCAUGAAAGAAUCUUCAGAAACAGACCAUAUAGAAAACUCAGAAGUGAAUUGCAAAAUAUUGGCACCGUGUGAAGAAGAAAUAAAUAAUUUUUGCAGUUGUAAAGCAGGUUGUCAGUUCCCUGCAUAUGAAGAUAAUCCUGUUUCUUCAGGAGAGCUAGAAGAGUUUCCUAUAUUGAAUACUGAUCUGCAAGGAAUGAGUGGCAAUCAAGAGAAGCAGUGCUGGUGGGGAAAAGCGCUGUACUCUCCCCUUUUUCCUGGAUCAGAGUGUGAAGAGUGUUAUACAAAUACCAAGGGAGAGAAUGGCUUGGAAGAAUAUUCAGAUGUUAAAGAAAUACCCAACGAUGGAGAGCAUCUGCUAGAUUUUAAUAGAGUGUCUUCUGUUUAUGAAGCAAGGUGUACAGAAGAAAGAAACCCUGGAACAAAAUCAAAUGGCUUCCGGAAAAAAUUAUAUUCCAGUGAUAGUUCCAACUCUGAAGACACAGCUUCAGAAGGUGGUGGUGAAUGGGCUGAUCCUUGUGAAGAGGAGCUUUUUUCUCGAACUCAUCUAUGAAACUGCAGAGUAGUACCAAUUGUCUAAAAAAAAUAAUAUAUGAUGGAAAACUCCUUUUUGUGAGACCUGUUACUCUAAAACAACAACUUGGGUUUCCUCUUCAAGUAACUGAUUCAGAUGUGUAUUUAUCUUUCUCUUCUUGCUUAUUUUAUGGUUGAGGAUAACUCUCCUCUUGGAACAUUUUUCCCCCCAACCUGUUCAAUUCUUGGCUAUUUGAAAUAGACUAGAUUGUGUUGUCAAUUCAAGAAUGAGUGUGCAUGUGCUUAUCUUAGAUGCAUCACUGCUCUUUGCCUCUUAACUGCAGUUAUUUUCAUUUGUAAUUGCAGCUUCACCACUAUUAUCUUAUUAGCAUUGCAGUGUCUAUAACUCCUUCUGCUAUUCAGAGACUUUAGCUUUUGGCACAUUUUAGCUUUGUUCUCUAAGAACUGGGAGAUAAAUACUGAACACUGUAAUUUAUCAGUGCCUUUCUGAAUGCAGGAGAAGAGCAUGAAUGACUUGUCUAGUCUUCAUUUGGUAAAAUCUCAUGUAAAUUUGAAGUAGGAACAACAAGGUUGUGCUUUAGAGACUUACAGAAUACUGUGUUUUCUAUCUUAUGAUAUUUUCCCCCUAAAUAAACCCACAGAGGAUUCUAUGGUUUGUGAUUUUCCUGCUAACUGGAGAAGCCAAGGAUUUUUUUUUAAUUUUUGGUAUGUGUGGAGGCAAUGGUGAGGGGGUUGCAGUCUCUCUUCCAUUUUCUUUUCUCCUUCCUUCCUCUUCUCUCCCCCUUUUUUGUACUCCUCUCUAACUUUUCAGACCAAUCUCUUCUCUCUGCCCUUUUCCUCUCUUAUCUUCUUAUGCUCUCUUCAUCUUCCUUCUCUCCUCUCUCUCCCUCCAUCUUUAUUUAUCCUUCUCUGUCCUUUUCCUUCUAUUAUAAAGCUGAUGAACACUGAGAAAUAACACCAAAAAUGUUAUGAGGGUUGGGGGGAGGGACAGGGAUUUAUGAAUGAUAAAUCUUUUAACAAGAAAUAAGGACUAUGUCUCCUUGCAAAUGAUUACCUUAGUGUAACCUGCAAUGCAUCCUGUAUUGAAUUUGAGCCUAUUGAACUAAUCUAAAAUGCUCAUAUUUUAAAGUGUUUAUAUGCAAAAAAGGUCACACUUCACUUGAAAGAAAUCUUUGGCUGCUGCAGUUAGCCGCUGUUGUGGCUGUAAUUUAGUAGAUCUUGUAGUUCAUUUUGUGUUUUCUGAGAGAAUGUUAGGGGCAAGUUAUGUGUGUGGUGGGGGUGGGUGGGGGGUGCAGAGUAAUGAUUUUCAGCAUAAAUGUGUGAUUGCAGUAGUGAUGGUUGCUUUCUGUGACUUGCUUUUAAAUUUUCUUUUGUUAACCUAGACAGUCAGUACAUUGUCAAGUUAUAUCUGUACAAGACUAUCAACUCCUAGUGCUUUUAACAUAUUAUGCAAAAUGUUGAAGCCAGGAGGAGCAAUAUUUGCAAAACCUAAACGGUCUAAGUUUUUACCAACUCAUCAUUUUAAGAACUAAUCUAUACAAUAGCAGCAUGUCUAGAACAUCAGGAAGUGUAGAGAGUCCAAUGUUGACUUGAAAGCUUAACUCUUCAUUUUGAUAGGCAAUAAAAACUUAUACAAAUUCUGUUUAAAAUAUGAGCUGAACUGGCUUUGAAAAUAUGUUCUUUGAUUUUGAUUAGGUAAUUGGUUUUUGUUGCCUUUUAUUAAUUGAUAAUAUGGAAAACACCAUCUAUGGUGGUAAAGGCGUCCAAGGAAGUUAUAUAUGUCCUUGCUGUUGGAAACCCUGAUUAAAUUGGCUAGGUUUGAUCUAGUCAAAUAUACAAUUAUAUGAGGGUUUGUAUUUCUGCAGCAACUCAUUUAACACUUUAAAGGUUUUUUUUUGUUGUUGUUGUUAUUUAUUUACAAACUUUGGAUAAAUUUUUCUGUAACUUACUUUAUUCUGGAGCUUCCUAAAAAAAGGGGAGGUGUUAACCACCUACAUUAAAAAAAAAAAUUUAUGAACAGUGAAGGCAAAAAAAAAAUUGACUGUAAAUUCCUUGAAUUAGGACAGUAGAUAUUGUUAUUGAAAUUAUGGGUAGGGUAACAAAGAUCAAAUAGACCCAUUUCAAACACAACCUUCAGCUCAUUUUCUUUUCAAUUGAGCUGCUCUAGCAAGAAAGGGCUCCAAAUGGCAGAGGUGCUGACUUCAUUCACAUCAUGAUGUAGAGGCAGCCCUUGUAAAGGGGAGGGGAUGGGGAAGGGAGGGUCUGGGCAAUAACAAAUUAUGUCUUUACUUGUUUCCAUACCUAAGUGGCUCAGAAGCUUUCAGCAAGAGAGUUGAAGUGUGAUUUUUAGUUCUUUGUAUGGAUAGACACAAAACAGCAUUAAAAAAAGGUUGGCAAAAUGCUGAAAUGCACUGUGGUAUGAAGCGCGUGGCAUAUCCAUAGCACUGAAAUAGCAGUUUUCCAUUCCUGGGCUGAGAUUUGUUUCUACUUUUUUGCUUCAAGUGGUUGUAUUGUUCUGAUUUCACGUACACCAGAGUAACUGAUUUUGUUUUCUUGUGGAGUUACUUAACACCAAAUAAAAAUUUAAAAGGACA